CUGCUGCGCGCUGCCUGCCGCCGCGCCACGCCGCCCUGCAGCACCUGCGCGGCCUCUUCGACGAGCAGGUGUGCCAGCACCUGCUGCAGCGCGAGCCCCGCCCCCGGGCCCGCCCCCAAGGCCACGCCCGGCUCCGAGGUGCUGCAGGAGGCGCGCAGGGCCCUGGCCGAGCUGGUGGCCGCCAACCCGCGGGCGUGGCGCCGCGUGGCCGCGUGGGCCAGCGAGCUGAUGGGGCAGCUGAGCAGCAAGUGCCAACGGGCCCGGCGUGCCGCCCCGGCCAGCCUGAACGAGCUGCUGCAGCUGUGGAUGGCGUCCGCCACGCGGGCCCUGCUGGACAUCUACAGCCAGUGCCUGGCCGCCAUGGUGGGCAGCUGCCCCGACGCCUCGCGUGGACGCGCUGCUGACACGUCGGUGCAGCACUCGCCGCACUUCGACUGGGUGGUGGCGCACGUGGGCUCCUCCUUCCCCGGCACCAUCAUCAGCCGCGUGCUCUCGUGCGGCCUCAAGGAUUUCUGCGCCGCACGGCGGCGGGCGCCGGGGCGGCGGGCGCGGCGGGCGUACAAGCGCGUGCCCAAGAUCGCCUCGGUGGUCGGCAUCCUGGGCCACCUGGCCUCGCGGCACGCCGGCAGCAUCAAGCAGGAGCUGCUGCGCAUGUUCCACGAGAGCCUGGGCUCGCCCCGCGAGCACCACAAGGCCACGGUGCCCUUCCUGCUGCAGCUGGCGCUGAUGUCGCCCGCGCUGCUGGCCGCCGUGUCCCCCGAGCUCGUGGAUUCCCUCAAGCCGCCGGUGCUCAACCAGCUGCACCAGCACUUCUCGGCCGUGCCCCGGGACGAGCUGGAGGGCGUGGUGGGCGUGGUGGUUCACCUGCUGUGCCACACCUCGGCGGGGGCGCUGCGCACGCUGCGCUUCCUGCUGGCCACGGCCGCGCCGUCGGUGAUCACGGCGCGGGCCCGGGCGCUGCACGAGGGCGUGCGCGAGGCCUGCGAGCGCCUGCUGCAGCUGCUGCUGCUGCACCUGCAGAAGCUGGUGCACUCCCCGGCCGCCAGCCCGGCCGAAGUGCCCGGGCGCGGCGGGCCGUUCCUGGAGGCGCUGCGGCUACGUCGCGGGAGCUGUGCCAGGGACACGCUGCGCCUGGAGCGGCGCCGCUGCCUGUGGCAGCACCAGCUGCCGGCGCUGCUGGCCGUGCGCACGGCCCUCGCACGGCGCCCGCCGGCGCUCUUCCACCUGCUGGCCCUGGCGCGCACGCCCGGAGCUGGCGCUGGCGCGCCCGCAGCGCACGCGGGGCUGCGGGCGGUGCUGCCCGACCCGCUGCCGCCCGCGCGUGACGCGGCCGUGGCUCAGAUCCACGCCGGCCGCCUGCCCGAGCCGCAGCUGGCGCCUUCGCUGCGCAACCUCUCGCUGCUGCUGCAGCGCGGCGACGCAGCGGCGAGGGCCGGGGACGCCGGCCCUGGCGCUCGCCGCUGGCGCGGCACCUGCCGGACCUGGCGCGCUGCUGCUGCACCCGCGCGAGUGGGCCGGAGGCGGCGUGCCCGGCUGCUGGCCGCGUGCCCGCUGCCCCGGGCGCCGCCCACGCGCACCUGCUGCCGCCCGUCGCGCCGUGCCGCGCGUCUUGCCGCGGGGCUGCGCGCGCGGGGGGCGGCCCGCGCUGGCGCCCGGCUGGUGGAGGGCGCGCGCGCGCGGGCGGCAACGGCGCAGGCCGCGGGGGAGCGCGAGCCCGCCCGGGCCCCGAGGGCCGCGCCGCCCAGCGCCGCCCCGCCGCUGCUGGACGCCAACCGGCGCUUCCCCGCCCGGCCUCGCCACGGCGGGCGGCGUCUGACCUUCUUGAGCCUGCUGCUGCGCUGCUGCCGCGGCUCCGGCCCCGGCGAGGCCGCCAAGGCGGUGGCGGCGGCGCUGGUGGAGGCCGUGUGCCAGGCCGCGGGCGCCGAGCCGGCCUGGCCGCCGGCUGGCGCGCGGGCCACGGUGGCGGACCUGCGCAUCCUGCGGCGCUUCCGGCAGCACCCGCUGCUGUUCCCGCUGUGCGCGCGCCGGCGGCGGCCGCGCCCCCUCUGCUACUGCUCCGUGCUGCUGCGCGGGCUGCUGGCCGCGCUCGUGGCGCACUGGGACGCCUGCAGGGAGCCCAGCACGGGCGCCUCGCCCUGGCACCUGCGCGCCUCCUGCGCGCUCGUGGCGCUGCUGGCCGAGGGCUCGCUGCUGCCGCCCGUGCUGGGCAACAUGCACGAGCUGUUCCCCGAGCUGGCGCCCUUCGAGGUGCACCUGCUGCUGCUCAGCGUCUGGGGCUACCUGCGCGAGAACAGCCCCCUGCCCCAGAAAUUCACCUUCCAGCCCGAGCUCGGCGUCUUCCGCCGCGACUUCGGCCGCGACGGCGACGUCAGCAAGCACCUGGCGGUGCUGCACGCCGUGCUGCACAGGAACAUCCACCGCCUGGGGCUGCUGGCCGCCCGCUUCUACCCCUGAGCGGGCGCACGGCGGCGGGGGGGACCCGGGUUUGUAAUAAAAC